GCUUUAUUGGCCGGGCUGCUCGGGAGGCGAGCGCAGGGCUCAUCCGCCGGUCCUGGUGGCGAGUGGCGCGGAGUUGGUGGGCGACGCCGGAGAGGGGUCUCUGGCGACCGGGAGGGAAUCCCAAGGGCCAACUUCCCUUCGAGGAGACCCGCGGGAGUGAUGGGCUAGAGGGAGGGGGAAGAAGAGAAAGAGAAGGGGGAAGAAGCCGAAGGCAGCGGAGGCUGGUCCUGAAAGGAGCAGUUGUUGGGCGUGAGUCACCGAAGCGACCCAUCCACCCAUCCUCCCUUUUCUGCGUCUUCCCCUCGGCUUCCUUGCCAUGAAGGCAGGAUGAGGGGCGGCCGGAGGAGGCGAGGUCCAGCCCGAGCCGGAGCAGCCGAUGCAUGAGUGCGAGGAGCUGGAAGAGGAGGAGGAGGAGGAAGAAGAAGAAGAGGAGGAGGAGGAAGAGGAGGCCAGCGGCGGGAGGCGCCAGCAUGGAGCCCCGCAAGGACUACUGAGAGCCCCGGGCUGCUGCCAGCGCUGCCGCCGCCCGAGCCCCAGGCAGCCCGCGAUGGGGGUGGGCGCGGGAGGCUGGCCCGGCCGGAGCGGAGGACUGCUCUUCUUCCUCCUGCUCUUCCUCGGCCUCGCCAUCGUCCCCCAGAGCGCCCCGCAAGUGCUCCGGAUCGGAGGGAUAUUCGAAACUAUGGAAAAUGAACCUCUUAAUGUUGAAGAGUUAGCUUUCAAAUUUGCAGUUACCAAUAUUAACCGGAACAGAACACUGAUGCCUAAUACCACAUUAACCUAUGACAUCCAGAGAAUUAAUCUCUUUGAUAGUUUUGAAGCGUCAAGACGAGCAUGUGAUCAACUUGCUCUUGGGGUAGCUGCACUGUUUGGACCAUCCCAUAGUUCAUCAGUCAGCGCAGUGCAAUCUAUUUGCAAUGCACUUGAAGUUCCACACAUACAGACCCGAUGGAAACAUCCCACAGUGGAUAACAAAGACUCCUUUUACAUCAACCUCUACCCAGACUAUGCAGCCAUCAGCCGGGCAGUUUUGGAUUUGGUGCUACAUUACAACUGGAAGAUAGUAACUGUAGUAUAUGAAGACAGUACAGGUCUAAUUCGUCUCCAAGAACUCAUCAAAGCUCCUUCAAGAUACAACAUUAAAAUAAAAAUCCGCCAGUUACCCUCUGGGAAUAAAGAUGCCCGGCCUUUACUCAAGGAGAUGAAGAAGGGCAAAGAGUUCUAUGUGAUAUUUGAUUGCUCACAUGAUACAGCAGCAGAAAUUCUUAAACAGAUCCUUUCCAUGGGAAUGAUGACUGAAUACUAUCACUACUUUUUUACAACUUUGGAUUUGUUUGCGCUAGACUUGGAACCCUACAGAUACAGUGGAGUUAAUAUGACAGGGUUUCGUCUGCUUAACAUUGACAAUGUGUACGUGUCAUCGGUUAUUGAGAAGUGGUCCAUGGAACGACUACAGGCACCACCCAAGCCAGAGACUGGGCUCCUGGAUGGCAUGAUGACUACAGAAGCAGCUCUGAUAUAUGAUGCUGUUUACAUGGUAGCGGUAGCUUCCCAGCGUGCCUCCCAAAUGACUGUCAGUUCCCUGCAGUGUCACAGACACAAGCCGUGGCGGUUUGGGCCAAGAUUUAUGAACCUGAUAAAAGAGGCUCGUUGGGAUGGUUUGACAGGGAGAAUUACGUUUAACAAAACAGAUGGCUUAAGAAAGGAUUUUGAUUUGGACAUCAUUAGCCUCAAGGAGGAAGGAACAGAAAAGGCUGCUGGUGAAGUUACUAAUCAUUUAUAUAAAGUAUGGAAGAAGAUCGGGGUUUGGAAUUCAAACAGUGGCCUUAAUAUGACAGACAGCAAUAAAGACAGAUCUACCAAUAUCACUGAUUCUCUGGCGAACCGAACACUCAUAGUCACCACUAUUUUGGAAGAUCCCUAUGUAAUGUACAAGAAAUCUGACAAACCCCUUUAUGGGAAUGACAGAUUUGAAGGGUACUGCCUGGAUUUGUUAAAGGAAUUGUCAAAUAUUUUAGGCUUUAUCUAUGAAGUGAAACUAGUGUCUGAUGGCAAAUAUGGAGCCCAGAAUGACAAAGGAGAAUGGAAUGGGAUGGUCAAAGAACUCAUAGAUCAUAAAGCUGACUUGGCAGUUGCUCCUCUCACUAUUACAUACGUUAGAGAAAAAGUUAUUGACUUUUCCAAGCCAUUCAUGACACUGGGGAUCAGUAUUUUGUACCGAAAGCCCAAUGGCACAAACCCAGGUGUAUUCUCCUUUCUAAAUCCUCUUUCUCCUGAUAUUUGGAUGUAUGUUCUCCUCGCCUGCCUUGGAGUCAGUUGUGUUCUUUUUGUCAUUGCAAGGUUUACACCCUAUGAGUGGUAUAAUCCCCACCCGUGCAACCCAGACUCAGAUGUGGUGGAAAACAAUUUUACUUUGCUUAAUAGUUUCUGGUUUGGAGUUGGAGCUCUCAUGCAGCAAGGAUCAGAGCUGAUGCCCAAAGCUCUUUCUACCAGAAUAGUUGGAGGCAUAUGGUGGUUUUUCACCUUAAUCAUCAUAUCAUCCUACACUGCGAAUUUGGCUGCUUUUUUGACUGUUGAGAGAAUGGAAUCUCCAAUUGAUUCAGCUGAUGAUUUAGCAAAGCAAACUAAAAUAGAAUACGGGGCUGUUAGAGAUGGAUCAACAAUGACUUUCUUCAAGAAAUCCAAAAUCUCAACAUAUGAGAAAAUGUGGGCAUUUAUGAGCAGCCGACAACAGACAGCUCUGGUGAAAAACAAUGAUGAGGGCAUCCAGCGAGUGCUCACCACCGAUUAUGCUCUGUUGAUGGAGUCCACAAGUAUAGAAUAUGUCACUCAGAGAAACUGCAAUCUCACUCAGAUUGGAGGACUCAUUGAUUCCAAAGGUUAUGGUGUAGGAACUCCCAUUGGCUCUCCUUACAGAGAUAAAAUUACUAUUGCCAUCCUCCAGUUACAAGAGGAAGGCAAACUGCACAUGAUGAAGGAGAAGUGGUGGAGAGGCAACGGGUGUCCUGAGGAGGACAGUAAAGAAGCCAGCGCCUUAGGCGUGGAGAACAUUGGGGGCAUCUUCAUCGUGCUUGCAGCAGGGCUUGUUCUUUCUGUCUUUGUGGCAAUCGGAGAAUUUAUUUACAAAUCAAGGAAAAACAGUGAUAUUGAACAGUGUCUUUCUUUCAAUGCCAUAAUGGAGGAACUUGGAAUUUCACUCAAACACCAGAAAAAAUUAAAGAAAAGGUCAAGAACUAAAGGGAGGUCGUCAUUCACAAGUAUCCUUACUUGUCAUCAGAGGAGGACGCUAAGGAAAGAAACUAUGGCCUGAAGAUGGUCAGCUUUCUCCGUGAGAGAUAACCAAGAGGAGAAGACAAAAGGCAAAACAGAUUUUCAAAAAAUUGAUGUCUGUCAAUGGAGGACUUGGAGGGGAGAAAGACAUUUAUUUUAUUUCUCAGAACAGUAUGUCUUUCCCUUUUUUAAUCUAGAGAAAGUUCAACACAUUCAGCACUCACGUCAGACUGAUGGACUACUAAUGACUUGGGAAGUCUCUUUCUCAUUCUCACUUUUGAAAUGAUUGGUCACCUGUUUUACAUCUCUCUCAUCCUUCCCCAUUCAUUGCUGUAUGUGCUUUCUAAAUGAAUAAAAACAGGGAUUUUUCAA